UGCCCCCGGGCACUGUGCCCACCCCCUGCCUGCUGUGGGGAGAGAGCCUCCUGCUGCCCCCACGUGACCUCCGUCCCUGGGGGACAAGCAGAUUCCCCCCAUCCCACCCCAGUCUCUUCAAGUGCCCUCUGACAUCCCUCUAACUGGAACAUUUGGGCCAUGCACCCUGGGACCCAGGCAGGGGGUGGGUUCCUUGGCUAAGGGGUGGGGGUGGGGGAAUAGGUGGAGAGAAGAAGGGAGUGGCCCUUGGGUUUAAUUGAAAUGCCCUCAGGUGCCAGGGGGGACUGCAACAGAGGCAGGCUCCAAGGGGGUGGGCACAAUGCCCUCACCCAGUGAUUCAAGCCAUUCACUGACCAGCCGGCCGAGUACCAGAGGCCUCACCCAUCUCCGGCUCCACCGGCCUUGGCUCCAAGCUCUGCUUACCCUGGGGCUGGCCCAGGUGAUACUAGGUGUCUUGGUGGUCACCUUCAGCAUGGUGGCUUCUUCAGUCACCUCCACAGAAAACAUAAAGAGGUCCUACCCAUCAUGGGCUGGCUUCUCGCUGGCAUUCUCAGGGGUAGUUGGCAUCGUAUCAUGGAAGAGACCAUUCACUCUGGUGAUCUCCUUCUUCUCCCUGCUCUCCGUACUGUGUGUCAUGCUCAGCCUGGCUGGCUCCGUCCUUUCCUGUAAGAAUGCUCAGUUGGCACGGGAUUUCCAAGAGUGCUCAAUGGAAGGAAAGGUCUGUGUCUGCUGCCCCUCUUUUCACUUGCCUAGACCCUGCAGGGACUCCGGCCAGGAGCUGAAAAUAUCCCUUAGCACAACUUGUGCUGAUGCUCUAGGGGCUCUCAAGAACCUUCUCUUCAGUGUCUGCGGCCUCACUGUCUGUGCUGCCAUUGUCUGUGCCCUCUCUGCCAUUGUUUGCUGCAUCCAGAUAUUCUCUCUCGACCUUGUGCACACGGUGAGAUGAUGGGGACCAGGGCAAGGAAAGA